CGCUCGCCCGGCCCGCACCCCUUGCGCUCACCUUGGGCGUGGAGGGGAGGCGGUGCGUGGCCGGAGCCGUGGGUGACUCGCCCGCCGGGCUGGAGCGAGGCAGCGCCUGGGGGUGAGCGGAGCGCGGCCGGGCUCGCCUAGAUUUUUCAGUGGAGACUGUGGGACUGUUAUUCCUUGGCUCCUGCUCCGUGAUGUCAAUUAUGGACCAUUCUCAAGAACAUGAAGCAUCUCUUGAGCAAACCCAGAGGUACUGUGUGCAGAGACCAAUCUGUAACGAGGAGCUCUUGCAAGGACUGCUGCACAGGCGAGAGAGAACACCUCAGACUUUAAGGCAGAAGAUUGCACAUUCUUGUCGUUGUUCUUCUAAGAAAGCCAAGUCUCAUCUUUACAGUUGCAUACCAAUUUUAAAAUGGCUUCCCCGUUACCCAGUGAAGGAAUACUUAUUAGGAGACAUUAUCUCAGGUAUAAGCACUGGGGUUAUGCAGCUUCCUCAAGGUUUAGCCUAUGCUUUGCUGGCAGCUGUUCCCCCAGUAUUUGGCCUAUAUUCUUCAUUUUAUCCUGUCUUUCUAUAUACGUUUUUUGGAACCUCCAAGCACAUAUCAAUAGGUACCUUUGCUGUGAUUAGUAUGAUGGUUGGUGGCGUUGCUGUGAGAGAAGUGCCUGAUGAAAUGAUACCUGUAGGCUCUAACUCUACUAAUGUUACCGAUUCCCCUGAUUUUGAUGCUAGGGACACCAAGAGGGUACAGGUAGCUGUGACUCUCGCCUUUCUUUCAGGAAUUAUCCAGUUGUGUUUAGGUCUCCUUCGAUUUGGGUUUGUAGCCAUCUAUCUAACAGAGCCGCUGGUGCGAGGGUUUACUACUGCUGCUGCGGUUCAUGUCUUUACUUCUCAAUUAAAGUAUCUCCUUGGCAUUAAGACCAACCGAUACAGUGGACCCCUCUCAGUUGUAUAUAGCAUAGCUGCUGUGCUUUCAAAAAUAACAACGACCAAUAUUGCUGCAUUGAUUGUUGGAUUAACAUGCAUUGUUCUAUUGUUGAUCGGCAAGGAAAUCAAUCUCCGGUUUAAGAAGAAGCUCCCAGUUCCUAUUCCUAUGGAGAUCAUUGUGGUAAUUAUUGGCACAGGAGUUUCAGCUGGAAUGAACCUGAGUGAGUCAUACAGAGUGGAUGUUGUUGGGAAUAUUCCUCAAGGGUUACGUGCACCAGCAGUUCCUGAUAUUCAGCUCAUCCCGGCAAUAUUUGUGGAUGCAAUAGCUAUAGCCAUAGUUGGAUUUUCGAUGGCUGUAUCAAUGGCCAAGAUCUUUGCCCUUAAACAUGGUUACACCAUUGAUGGGAAUCAGGAACUUAUUGCCUUGGGAAUAUGCAAUUUUGUGGGGUCAUUUUUCCAAAGCUUUUCAAUCACUUGCUCAAUGUCUCGGAGUCUUGUUCAAGAAAGCACCGGUGGGAAAACUCAGAUUGCAGGUGCUCUCUCUUCAAUUAUGGUUCUGUUGGUAAUUGUGGCUAUUGGAUACCUCUUUGAACCGCUUCCACAGACGGUGCUCGCUGCAAUUGUCAUGGUGAACCUGAAAGGAAUGUUCAAACAGUUUGGAGAUAUUGCGCACUUCUGGAGAACCAGUAAGAUUGAGCUGGCCAUCUGGGUGGUAGCUUUUGUGGCUUCUCUUUUCCUGGGACUAGACUAUGGUUUGCUUACUGCAGUAGCGUUUGCAAUGAUAACCGUUAUUUACAGAACACAAAGCCCUCAAUACAGAAUCCUUGGUCAGAUCCGUGGCACUGACAUCUACUGUGACGUGGAAGAGUACGAAGAGGUUAGAGAAUAUCCUGGAAUAAAAAUAUUUCAAGCUAAUGCAUCACUUUAUUUUGCCAAUAGCGAGUCUUACACAAGUGCACUGAAGAAAAAGACUGGAGUGGACCCUUGUGCCAUACUAGCAGCGAGGAGAAAAGCCCAGAAGAGACACGCCAGGGAAAUGAAGAAGGCAAACGCGCUCAGAAAGAAAGCUGUAUUGAAACUAGUGAAUUCUUCGAGUAACGACGUGGAAGCAAGUGUAAAACAUGAGAUAGCAAAUGAGGAGUUACCUGUAAACGGAAGCUUUGCAGAGGCGAGCGUAGAAGACAUGUCUCCCGAUGAGCAAGAACAUUUUGUGGAGCCCAAACCAAACAUCCACUCUCUAAUUCUGGAUUUCACCCCCGUGAACUUUGUGGAUUCAGUUGGAGCAAAAACAUUAAAAUCAAUUAUAAAGGAAUACAAAGAAGUUGGUGUCCGUGUCUGUAUUGCCAGCUGUAGUGCCCCUGUUACGAGUGAGCUGACGAGACUGAAUUUUUUUGAUACCACUGUGACAAGAGAGUGGCUGUUCCACAGUAUUCACGACGCCGUCCUCGCUUGCCAAGAGAAAGCCGGGUCUGGUUCGCAGGCUGACGCUGAGCUCUGAGGGGUGGCACCCAGCAGAACAGAAGCCAGAUUUGUGCCGGUGGAGACUCUUUCUGAAUAUUUAAUUUGCACAGUUUAAAGAGAGCCUGAGGCUGUUUGUAUCUACGGGUAUAGGGCGGUGCUGCUUUUCUGUAGGAAAUGUGGAUAAGGAAUGGGAAGCCUUCAUGCUCUUGAAUUGUUUUUCCUUCGAUCAGGGUAUAGCCUCCCAACGACAUACAAGCACAAAAUUAUGCAAGACAAGACAAUUCAGUGUGUUCUGCUACAAUCGGAAUCUGAUAGACAAGGUGACAUUCCUGUUCCUGGUGAGAAAAUGGGCACUUUAACUCACUGCGAGGUGGGAUCUUGCAGGAAAUAACUGUUCUGCAAUUGCGAUGCACUGUACCAGUGUCUUUAAAGAACUUUCUUAAAUGACUUUUAAAGCCUGAUGUCAACAUCUGCAUACAACAGAUUCGUAUGAAUUAUAAGAGUCUGCCAGCUGGAGGAAGGAAUUCCCACUGGUGGCAUUGAGCUGCUGCUCUUUUUAAACCUAGAUGGUACAGUUAUUUUUUUAAAACACCUGACCUGUCUCAGCUAUACUCAAUUCUUCGCUGCCUCAACGCUUUCCCUCUAAACUCCAAAUUAGAAACUCGUUGAUUAAUUGUUACAUUAUCAAUAUUACGGUUUCACUGCCAAAACCUAGUUAUGCUUUGUGGAAAAGAGUACAGUUGAUUUGAAGCUAAAAUUAGUUUAGCUUCAAUGUUUCAAGACAAAACUAGUUUAAGGCAGGAGUGAAGCCUAUUUAAAUGAAGACCUGAUGCCCUGUAUACAAUCUUUUAAGCUGGAACAAUAAUAAUAAUAGACAAGGUCUAAAGUCUCAAUGAUCAAAAAAAAAAACCAAAAAAAAGAUAAAUACUUUUCUGUUGCUUGAGAUACCUUCCCACCAGCAGCGCUGCUCCUGCCUCAGCUUUUAAGUUCUUUGGGAAAUAGAUUUCAACAGAAACUCAAAAAUGUUACAUGUUUGGGUUUUUAAAAGAAACAGGUGUGGGUUUGUUGUUUUUUUUUCCUGUUGUCUUCACAGCCUGGCUGCUGUGCUGCUGCUGAACUUCGUCUGGGAGACAAAACCCUGGAAAUGUAACUCAAGCAAAAGAAAGGACCCUUCAAUGCCUGUAUUUUCCCAGGUCCUGCCCUAACAGCAGUCGCUAUGAGGCUGGGCAGAGGUAGGAACCUCCAAGUGGUUUUGGGAAGGUGAUUUUGAUGGCAGAGGGGCACUGGGGCAUCAGUGACAUUGCAUCUAGCACCCUCAAAUCGAAGGCCCGGUGCACAGGGGAAUUGGAACGACUUCCUCUCUUCUGGAUGCAGAACUUUAUGCUUUUAUUUUGCUUCAAGCUCUGGUGCAAUUAGGGCUUGCUUCAGGUAAAGUUUCCCAAGAACGGGGGGUAGUCGGGGAAGAUGUUUUGUUUCCUCAUGACUCCCCUGCCACUAGGGAUAGGAAGCUUUCUGCAUCAGAAAUUACUGCUUAGCUGAGUUCAAAGGGUGAAUUGAAUGCACGGUAACACAUUGUGCGUGUUUAUUUAAACACCUCUUGGUACAUUUUCUAUCGUUAACUAGUUUAACAAGCCUUUGUAUCUACAUACAGUAUAUUUUUCUACUUUCAGCUUGUCGCAGCUUCAGUUUUUAACUAUAUAGUCUCUCUAGUUCACAUCACAGUCCUGUCACCUUCUAAAAUAAAGUGAUGGCCGUCACUUGGCAAAAUUCUC